AUGCGUGCUUUCCCUCAGUGUAUUCUACUCACGCGUGUUGGUGGAUUUUACGAGUCUUAUUUUGAGCAGGCACCUACACUUGCAUCCCUACUGGGAAUCAAGUUAGCUACGCGCAAGUGGGCUGGACAACGCAUACCUAUGGCUGGCUUUCCUAUCUUCCAACUAGACAAGUACCUUAAAGUAUUGGUGCAAGAUCACGGACAACUUGUGGCUAUAUGUGAAGAAUUUAAAACAGACGAUCGAUCUUUGCCUUUCGAUCGCCGUGUAACUCGCGUUGUUUCGCCGGGGACCCUGAUUGACGAGCGAUUUCUUGAUCCAUUUCAUAACAAUUUUAUUUUGGCCAUAACGGAGCAAGAGAGUGGAUCAUAUGGCCUGGCAUGGCUAGAUGUUAGUACAGCCGAUUUCCAGACAGCUGUGAGUGAAGAUGAUAAGUCACUUCGUGAUGAAGUAGCGCGCAUCGCGCCUCGUGAAAUCGUUCUAGAGGGGGCGAUUUGUCCUCCUGAUCAUGCAAUAUGGGAUGCAACUGAUCGUAUAAGUACAUCUGUGGCACGAAUUCCUACUCCAGUGGCCAGUACUACUCAGACCUAUAUGGAGCAUGCAUGGAUUUCGGAGGCAGAACGAAAGACGAUAUCGCUUCUCACAGCAUACUUGCAAACACGACUCAUGGAACACAUGCCUAGUCUGGAAGUAGGUUUACCUCAUUGCCAGAAAGCGACUCAAGUGAUGCAUAUCGAUGCAGCCACACUGAAUGCACUAGAAAUCCGCGAGACGAAUGAACGAAGCGCCCGUGGUAGUCUGGUGAGCAUUUUGCGGCGCACUGUCACCCAAGGCGGUGCACGACUUCUAGUACAGUGGCUGACAUCGCCCAGCACCAAUAUUCCGCUGAUACGAGCGCGUCAUGCUAUGGUAGAACUCUUUCUACGCUCCGCUUUUCUCCGUCAAGAUGUCAGGACGAUGAUGCGAGGACGUGUCGGUGACGUAUUGCGCACACUACAGCGCAUCAGUCUUCGCCGAAAUGAUGUGCAAGACCUGCUGGAAAUUCGUGAUUUUAUCCAAGUCACUGAUGAAAUCACGUCUUGUCUAGCUGGAAGUGUCGCAGAACCAAUCGGUGGGGCAGAGCUGCAAGAAAUUCUCUCGCGCUUCACAUCGUUGCACGCCUUAGGCCAGCGUUUGGAGGCUGCGAUUGAUGAGGGUGUGAUGGAAAAGCGUAUGCGACAACAGGAAGUUCUACUUCAAGCUCAAGAUGCUCUAUACCACGGGGGUGUCGCACCUGUCGAUGCGCAGGAGCCACAAAAGAAACGGCGUACCAAGCGAUCCGCGUCCGCCUCACUGGUUCUGGAAGAAGAGAGUUGGGGCGAUGCCAUUGAGCACCUCAUUCGCCCAAGUUCCUCUCCACUAUUGCAAACAUUGACGGAUGAGUACAAUGUGCAACGUCAAGAAGCCCGAAAGCUCGAAAAUGAUCUGCGAACUAUGCAUGACGAGCCUGUUACACUCAAGUUCUUGCAGGGCCAAGGCCAUGUGGUACACUUCCCGUCCUCCCGUGGUACAGUAGAUGCGUCGUUAUCCUUGGCCUACAAGACAAAAACCACACGUACCUUCUAUCAUGCACAAUGGUCGCGUAUUGGCAUGAAACUACAAAAGUUAAAGGACCAGCUUACAGAGUGCGAGUCACGCCUUCUGGAAGCAUUGCGUCUCGAAGUACUCGAGCACACAACGAAGCUGCGUCGCAAUGCGCGUCUUGUUGACCAGUUGGACGUUCUUCUUGGAUUUGCACAGGCUGCUGAAGAGCUUUCGCUUGUGCGUCCCACCAUUGAUGACUCUUACAGUUUCAAUAUCCAAGGUGGGCGUCAUUUGGGUGUAGAGAUGGGAUUGCUUGAGCAAGAACGUUUAUUCACAAAAAAUGAUUUGGAGCUUGGUGAUACGACCCGUUUGCAUCUAAUCACAGGGCCGAAUAUGGGUGGUAAGUCUACAUUUCUACGACAAAAUGCCCUCAUUACUGUGCUUGCUCAAGCUGGCUCGUUUGUCCCUGCGAAUGCAGCACGGAUUGGUGUCGUAGACGCCAUUUUCAGCCGCGUGGGUGCCAAAGAUGACCUGUUUCACAGUCGCAGUACAUUCAUGGUUGAAAUGGCAGAAACAGCCGAUAUCCUUCAUCGCGCCACGCCUCGAAGCUUUGUGAUUGCAGACGAGAUUGGCCGUGGGACAAAUACAUCUGUCGGUCUCUCUGUGGCUUUCUCAACGCUUUACACACUUGCUAUGAAGAUUCAAUGCCGUUCAUUGUUUGCCACGCAUUAUUAUGAACUUGCUGAUAUGCUGGGGUAUCAAAAGGACGUGAACAAACGACCUCUCCAAGCAGCUGUGGAUUUCUUUUGUACACGGUUAGAGCAGCGAGAAGGGACGUUUCUUUUCUCGCACCAUGUCCGGCCUGGUGUGAAUCAAGAAUCCCAUGGCUUGGCUGUGGCGCAUUUGGCUGGGAUGCCUCUCGAUACCAUGGACUUGGCCACGCGAAUGCACGAAUGGCUUGUACGGCAUGGACAUGCACAUAUUCGCACGGCCGGGCUUAUGGAGGACUUGCUGCCUCCAAUUGAACCUACCCAAACAUCAUAG